AGCACGCUCUGCUUUGAUGGAGGCCUGCACUAGUUGGCUGCGUGCAGAGUCCAGCUGGUCACGUGAGACUGGCACGCCCGUUGGCUGGCCAGCUAGCCUCUUCCUUCCUUAGGCCGAGGUGAGGCACCGCCUCCGUUCCGUGGCUCCCUCCCGGGUGUGUAUCAGGAGCCGAAGAAUAGCCAACUCAGGGUUCCUUCAGCAGCCAGUGGCUUUGCUGCACAAGGCACUGGACUGAAUUCUGGAGCUGCUGCUGCUGCAUUUGGAUUUGUGCUGUCGCUAGAUCAGACUUCGGAGAUCACACAAGAUAACAAAUAGGCUGGGUGGUGGAAGUGGAAAUGCAGGAACCAUUAUAAGAAGCUUUUCUGAUCAAAGUGGAUCUAACUGGAGACUGGCUGGAUUUGCAACUCUAUGGUGGCUCGCCUUUCCCCCCUUCCUUUUCCCAGUUGGAUUACUUCGGAAACUUUGCUGAAAAGAAGUGUUGGGUUUCCACGCCCUGGCCCUGUUCGAGAAACUGCCUGCCUUUCAUGGAUUUGUGCCCCCUUCUGGGUAUUGUGUUUGCGCCGGCUGUCUGCAAGCCUAGGAAUUUCCAGGAGGGGCCUCUGUUGUGGAUUGUUUUUGUUUCUAUGGAGAAACGCAAUGAGCUGUUUUACUCCUGAUGACUGGGAAAUCCGCCUUCAGUUUUUUGUAUGCGUGGAAAGGAGUACUCGAUACAUGUCUGCCAGGAAAUAAAAGCAACAAAAGAAAAGAAAUGAGUCGCCAGACUGCCACAGCACUUCCUACAGGUACCUCCAAGUGUACACCGUCCCAGAGGGUACCUGCCUUGACGGGCACCACUGCUUCCAACAAUGACUUGGCCAGCCUCUUUGAGUGUCCCGUCUGUUUUGACUAUGUACUGCCACCCAUCCUCCAGUGCCAAAGCGGCCACCUGGUCUGUAGCAAUUGUCGCCCCAAGCUCACGUGCUGCCCAACUUGCCGAGGGCCAUUGGGUUCUAUUCGCAAUUUGGCUAUGGAAAAAGUUGCCAACUCUGUACUCUUUCCUUGUAAAUAUGCAUCCUCUGGCUGUGAGAUAACUUUGCCACAUACCGAGAAAGCUGACCACGAAGAGCUUUGUGAAUUUAGGCCUUACUCUUGUCCCUGCCCCGGUGCGUCUUGUAAGUGGCAGGGCUCUCUGGAUGCUGUCAUGCCACACCUCAUGCACCAACAUAAAUCAAUAACGACGCUACAGGGAGAAGAUAUUGUUUUCCUUGCUACAGACAUUAAUCUUCCGGGAGCUGUUGACUGGGUUAUGAUGCAGUCUUGUUUUGGCUUUCACUUCAUGUUAGUGCUGGAGAAACAGGAAAAAUACGACGGUCACCAGCAGUUCUUUGCAAUCGUACAGUUGAUAGGAACGCGGAAACAAGCGGAAAAUUUUGCUUACCGCCUUGAGCUAAAUGGUCACAGGCGGCGAUUGACUUGGGAAGCAACUCCACGAUCAAUUCAUGAGGGGAUAGCAACUGCCAUUAUGAAUAGUGACUGUUUAGUUUUUGACACCAGCAUCGCACAGCUUUUUGCAGAGAAUGGCAACUUAGGUAUUAAUGUGACAAUUUCAAUGUGCUGAAACCCCAAUCUGACAUUUUCAGGGCCAGUGUCUAAAAAAAAAAAAAGAAACAAAACCUCAACCCAGUCCACUGCAUUCAGUUUCGCCAAAACCGUGGUAAACAUCUGACUGCUAGAUGUGAACAAUUGGGAGGGAGAGGCUAGCAUAAAUGAAGGUAAAUUAAUGGGAAGACUGUUCAAGUGCAGAUAACAGUUGCAUGUAAUAACACUAAUAUAUUUAAAGUGAGUCAGCAGUAAACCACUGAAUAUAUAUAUAUAUAUGUGUGUGUGUGUAUGUAUAUAUAUAUAUAUAUAUAUAAUUAUAUUAUAUAUAUACCCAAAAUGGGCAUCCUUUUGUAUUAAGAAUUGAUUCUAUGAAAAGUGCUGUAAAAUAAUUCUAAACUUCUUUGUAGAUUAAUUGUACUUUUGAAAAGGAUACUGUUUUGUGUUUCAUUUGUGUUUCUUUUGACUGACAAGCCAUGCAAGGCGGUCUAGGGUUUGACCGCUGUUUCUCCCCCUCUUCCUUCUUCUUCUUUCUCCCUUGCUUCUUUUCCUCCCAAGUCACUACAUAGUAUUGCUGCUGUUCUUGUAUAAAUUUUCUGUGUAUUUGCUAAUUUUUAUUAACUUCUAGUUUUUCAUUAAAUAAAUGACUUUUCUUUCCUGUGA